AUGUCAAGCUUUCUGCAUGCAGUCAAGACUAGAAUACCAGACAAAGACAAGUCAGAUUUGUCGGAGACAGACUUAAAAAACUGGGGACUAGUAGGGAUACAACUUCGGUCCUACCAGCUGGAUGGCGUCAGAUGGCUGACGCAGUGUCUGAAGAAUCAGGAGGGCUGUAUUUUAGGGGAUGAAAUGGGCCUGGGAAAGACCUGUCAGACAAUCUCUCUGCUCGUCUAUGCGCGAGGUGCCCUGAACCAGCGGGGACCUUUCCUCAUUCUCAGCCCGCUGUCUGUCUUAGAGAACUGGAGAGAAGAGAUGGAACGAAUCUGUCCCAGUCUAUCAGUACUCUGUUACUCUGGAGAUAAGGAGAGAAGGGCGGAGCUACAGAGGGAUCUUCUGGAAGACAAGAAUUUCCAUGUUUUGCUUACCACAUAUGAGAUGUGCCUCAAAGAUGCCAAGUUCUUGAGAAGGUGGAAAUGGAAAAUUUUAGUUGUGGACGAAGCUCACCGACUGAAGAACCAGAACUCAUUGCUUUAUCAGACCCUGUCAGAGUUCUCGUUGGGUUUUCGUGUACUCCUCACUGGCACUCCCAUCCAGAACGAUCUACGGGAAGUCUACUCUCUGCUCAGCUUCAUUCAGCCCAGCGUGUUCCCAGGCCACCAGACAGAUGAAUUUGUCUGUGCAUAUGCAAAUGUGCAGACACAGUCUGCUCUGGCUGCGGAGCUUCACCGGGUGCUGCAGCCCUUUCUGCUGCGCCGGGUGAAAGCAGAGGUUGCAGCCGAGCUUCCAAAAAAGACAGAACUGGUGGUUUAUCAUGGGAUGUCAGCUCUACAGAAGAAAUACUAUAAAGCCAUACUCAUGAGAGACCUGGAUGCUUUUGGGAAUGAUCAGGGCAGUCAGACCAGGCUCCUGAACAUACUCAUGCAGCUCAGAAAGUGUGUCAACCAUCCUUACCUGUUUGAUGGAGUGGAGCCUGAGCCGUUUGAGAUAGGGGAACACCUUGUAGAGGCCAGUGGGAAACUCUUGCUGCUUGAUCAUAUGCUUGAGUAUCUGAAAGACGGGGGCCAUCGCGUGUUACUCUUCUCUCAGAUGACUCGGAUGCUUGACAUUCUGCAGGAUUACCUUGAGUACAGAGGUUAUAGCUAUGAGCGCCUUGAUGGCUCUGUGAGGGGUGAGGAGCGUAACUUGGCCAUCAAAAAUUUCAGCACCAGUGACAUCUUCAUCUUCCUCCUGAGCACAAAGGCUGGUGGAGUUGGCAUGAAUUUGACCGCUGCGGAUACGGUCAUAUUUAUGGACAGUGACUUUAACCCUCAGAAUGACCUGCAGGCUGCUGCACGGGCGCACCGGAUUGGCCAGACGAGGGCAGUGAAGGUGAUUCGGUUGCUGGGGAGGGAUACAGUGGAGGAGAUCAUUUAUGGUCGGGCUGCGACCAAGCUGCGUCUCACUGAGACAGUUAUAGAGGAGGGACGAUUCUCUUUACUACAGCAAGCCCAAACUGCUGCCUCUGGCCUGCAGUUGAGUGAGAUAGUGAAGUUUGGGCUGGAUAAGCUGUUGGAGUCAGAGGAGAGCUCUGUACAAGACAUAGAUCUGAGGCUGGUUCUGGGUCCCAGUCGGGGCGGAGAGUGGCUGAGUGAUGAAGAGCUCGUCAGACCGGAAGAGGAAGAGGAGGAUAAGGAGGAGGAGGAGGAGGAAACGGCUAACGCUGGGCAUAACCACAUGUACUACUUUGAGGGGAAGGACUACUCGAAGAACCCCAGUGCAGACGACCAGAAGACCUUUGACCUUCUGCUGGCAGAGCAGCAGGUCCAGUUAGACACUGCUCAGACAGAGGGCAGAGCUCUCCGCCACAAAGGGGUGUUGCUGUCUGGGCCCCUGGCAACCCCAGUGAAGAGGAAAAGGCCCCUGACUGAGGCAGAAUUGGAGCUCAGACGUCAGAAGAGACAGGAAGCUGCUGCUAAGAGGGCCAAACUACAGGAAGAGAGGAAGAAGAAACAGGAAGAGGAGAAGCACAAAAAAAAGAUGGCGUGGUGGAAAUCGUGUGGGUACAGGUCGCUAUCUCUGCCUACUGCGGAGAGUGAGGAGGAGGAAGAAGAAGAGGAAGAUGAGUUUGACGUUGAGGAAGACGAAGACACAAGCAUAAGCUCCAGAGACAUUCGCUACGUGCUCGGUGAUGUCACGAUGCCACAGGCAGAUCAAGAGGAUGUUAUCAUUGUUCACUGUGUUGACGACUCUGGUCGCUGGGGUAGAGGAGGUCUCUUCACUGCACUGGAAAUCAGGUCAGAUGAGCCACGAAAACAGUAUGAACUUGCUGGAAAGAUGGAAGAUUUAGAGUUGGGACAAGUUCUGUUUUUUCCAAUCGAUGACAAGCAGUCCAGACUCAGCGGCCGAGAUCACCUGGCACUAAUAGUAGCACAGCAGCGAGAUAAAAACAACAGCCUGUCAGGAAUCUUGCUGCCGGCAUUGGAUCAGGGUCUUAAGAAGAUCUUCAGAGCUGCCAAACAGAGAAAAGCAAGCGUACAUCUGCCACGUAUUGGUCACUCCACCAAAGGUUUUAACUGGUAUGGCACAGAGAGACUCAUCCGGAAACAUCUUGCCUCCAGAGGAGUACCCACCUCCAUAUAUUACUACAGCAAAACCACCCCACAUGCCUCGACAAAUUCAGCUAGAGCAACACCUUCAAAGACAGCAGCCGCUUCCACUUCAAAAUCUACAUCAGCCGAUAAAGACACGGGGUCGUCUUUGACCCCACGACCUUCCAGCCGAGAGGAUUCACAGGUGUCGUCGGACACAUCAGAGGAAGAAAGGUCACACACCUUGGCUGACUUCAUGAAUGGUGUGCAUGUUUUUUUUUACAAUGUCACUGCCUCAGAACGCAAGAAGCUGUCACGCUACCUCAUCACCUAUGAUGGUGAUGAAGAGGACAUAAUGAGCUCACGUGUAACUCACGUUGUGGCGGAGGUGGACAGCCCGGUUCACUCACAGGAGCUGCAGGACUUGGUGAAGCAGUAUCCCAAUGCUCUCCCUGUUCAGAAGCAAUGGCUAGAGUCAUGCUUCUCUAAACAAAGAAGAGUCAAGACCUCCAGAUUUUUGCAUCAUUUCAAGUGACCCUCUGUGCUAGCACGUC